CGUUACGGUUGUAAGUAYUAUGGCAAGUGUAGAACUCACUGCUAUCAGCGUGCUUUGUAUUAUCUUUGCGUCUGUGUGCUUCAUUGGAAACAGCUUAGUUUGCCAUAUAAUUGUCCAGCACAAAUCUCUGAAGACCUCAACAAACAUCCUUCUUCUGAACUUGGCCAUUGUGGACCUUAUAACAGCGAUUUUAGGGAUUUAUUAUAUUGUAAUUCGCGACCAGGCAAGUUUAUUUGGGACURGUAAAGURCUAGAACAAGUUUACAACAGAAGUAGCUUUGCAGCGGAGUUUCUUUGUAAAGUKGAAACCUCGUUUUGGUUUASUGGCGCUAUUACUCCAGCAUUGUUGGUUAUAAUUGCUUACGAACGAUACAUGGCUAUAUGCCAUCCUUUAAAGUGGCGAAGAACUGAGAUUACAAGAAGAAAAUUCUGUUUUCUACCUUGCUGGGCAUUCGGGAUUGUAUUUUUAGUGAUAAAAAUGCUGACUAUUGAGUAUUCUSAUGGACGCUGUAGAGGUACAGUACCUGAAUGGUAUAACAUUCAAAUUUACGCAGGAACGGUAAUCACACUUCACUUUUUGCUACCYUUUUCAUUGAUAUUUCUUGCGUAUUAUCAAGUAGUUAGGACUCUAACAAGCGAAAGUAAUCUSACAAUGCAACCUGCUGUGCAGAGAGCGAGAAGUCGAGAGAAGAAAACCGUUGUUAUUGUCAUCAUAGCCGUCACGUUCAUCUUCCUACUCUGUUGCGGCGUCCCAAAAACAGUUUUUUCUUUUCAAAUUCUUUUCCCURUAAAAUUCUAUAAUGUCGACGGCAACAUUCCAGUUCUUCUCUUCAUAAUGAAUUCAGCGGCAAAUCCGGUCAUCUACUUUUCGUUUAUCAAAUCGUUCAGGAAGAAACUCAAGAUCUCCUUAAAAAAGUUGUGGAAAAAGUCGACAUCUYCGGAGCAAUCUUUUAACUCAUUCAAUGUACAAUCGAUUGUGCUUCAAGGYAUUAAUAAUCAGCUAAGUGCUUAUGUCAACAUUGGCUGUGAUAGUUUCAUAAAGUCGACGCCAAUACUUACUAAAAUCUCGAGGGACCACUCUUAGAUCAAAUCUUUCAAGGGCUCAGCAUCAUGGACAGCUUGUUUAACAGUUUUAGAUUGAACUGCCAUAUUUAACAAUAGUUUUGAUGUGGUUUUUAAAACCAACGAAAACUAACAAACAGCAAAUUAAUGUAAAUCCAAUGAAGUAAUUUUUUGUCGGCUAUGGUGCAGUCAUAUUCAAAUUUUAAUGUUUUUGAUGUAUAGCCAGGUUUCCAUGUAGAAUGGCUUGUGAAUUAGAAACUAUGUAUACCGGAUUUGUCGCAUAUGUCCCAUCUGCCGAAUCUUUUUGAGCAUUUCAUUAAAAUGUCAUGGUUUUUCUCUAUGAAUGGAAAGAGAAAGCUCAAAGGGAUCGUUUUAGCAUGGCAACCAGGCUUUAAAUUCCCAGUCAAAACAAAAUUAUUUCUGCAGUAUGCUUUUUUUUAACAUUUUUAAAUUCAUUGAAAGCAGUCGAAUGAAAUGAACACAGACAAAGUUAACAUUUAUUAAUAAAAAUAUUUAUUUUUUUCUCUCUACUGUAGCAAUGGUUGUAAUUCCAAGAGGUUGUAUGARUAAGAGCGAUAUUUUGAGCAAUAAAGCAUUACGAUUUUUACCGAGUUGCCGUACUUGAAAACGGCAAAAAGCCAAAGGUAUUUUUUUCUGAUAACCGAUAAAAACGAGAAAWGAAAACAGUGAGGCUCAAUUUAUUAUUAAUCUUAUCAUCCUUCUUGCAAAUACGGGUCUAUUAAUA